CCCCAAAACUAAAGCCCCAGAGCGUCGAGAGAGAGAUCGAGAGAGAGAGGGAUGAAGCUGCGGCACGCGAUGGUGUGCUCGUCGAACCAGAACCGGAGCAUGGAGGCGCACUCGCUGCUCAAGCGGCAGGGCUUCGACGUCUCCUCCUACGGCACGGGAGCCCACGUCAAGCUCCCGGGGCCUUCGCUCCGGGAGCCCAAUGUCUACGAGUUCGGCACCCCCUACAAGCACAUGUACGACGACCUCCGCCGCAAAGACCCCGAGCUGUACAAGCGUAAUGGGAUCUUGCCGAUGCUCAAGAGGAAUUCGAGUGUCAAGACUGCGCCCCAGAGAUGGCAGGAGAAUGCCGCCGAUGGGUGCUUUGAUGUUGUUUUUACCUUUGAAGAGAAGGUGUUCGAUAUGGUCAUCGAAGAUCUAAAUAACCGAGAGCAUAAAUUGAUGAAAAGUGUAUUAAUAAUCAAUUUGGAUGUAAAGGAUAACCAUGAAGAAGCUGCUAUUGGGGCCAAGCUUGCUUUGGAUUUAUGCCAGGAGCUUGAAGCAGUUGAUUGCUGGGAGGAUGCAAUAGAUGACAUUGUUGCUGCUUUUGAGAAGCAGCACAAGCGAAAGCUCGUCUACAGCAUUUCUUUCUACUAAUAAUGCAUAGAGAAAAUUAGCUGGGGAUGUUUCAGCUUUUUAACUCAAAUCUUGUACCGUGUCCCUAUCAUUGAGCACCUCAUAAAGUAUAAUUUAGUGUGGUCUAGGUACCUAUAAACUGGAAAUCAUUUGCUUCUUUCACGCAUCAAUGGAGCACGAAAUGAAUGGCAUGCA